AUGGCCAAGGCAGCCACAGAAAUCCUGUAUCCUGCCCACCACAGGAAAGAGGGUGAGGCAGUGGGCAUCACUAGGUGGUACACUCACAAGGCCAUCAAGGUAGUUAACUAUGUCAAACACUGCCUCAUGCAGGGUGACAGUUACUGGGGCGCCCUGGGUUAUGUGCCCAAGUCUCUCCACAAGGCCCUUGACUACUUCAGCGUGGUGGACAAAAAGGAUGUGCACAAGGAAUCCACCAUUGCAGCCAGAGACCUAGUGGACAAGGGCAUGGGGUAG